AUGCGUCUCUCCGGCCUCCAGAAAGAGGUUCUGGGCCUUUACCGCCACUGUCUUCGCGAGAGCCGUAAGAAGCCCGAGGCCACUAGACCGCAUUUCAAGGCUUUUGCGAGGUCUGAAUUUGCAAAGAGCCUCAGUGUUGACAAACGGGACUUUGCAGCCAUUGAGUUUCUGCUGCGCAAAGGAAAACGCCAACUUGAACCAAGGCCGCGGCGCGCCCACUACCUCUGA